AUUCUUCAUGCCCUAACCAAUGUUGGUUGGUAGUAGGACACCUUUUCCUUACUCGCAGCCAAGAGGCUGAUGCUCCUGGAGGGACCCAGCAGACCACAUCAUGGAUCUCCAAAACAGCACCAAGCCCAGGCCACCAGUGGUCUGGCUUACUGGGUUCCCUGGCAUGGAGUCCAGCCACAUCUGGAUUUCCAUCCCAUUCUGCUCCAUGUACAUCAUUUCCAUCUUGGGAAAUGCCGUUAUUCUGUUCAUUAUCAAAACAGACCAAAGCCUCCACGAGCCCAUGUACAUUUUCCUCUCCAUGCUUGCCCUGACAGACCUAGGCUUAUCCCUCUCCACCAUGCCUACCAUCCUGGGCAUAUUUUGGUUCAACGCCAGAAGAGUCAGCCUGGGUGCCUGUUUCACUCAGCUGUUCUUCAUCCACUCGCUUUCCUUCAUAGAAUCCUCCAUUCUCUUGGCCAUGGCUUUUGACCGCCUCGUGGCCAUCCGGAACCCUCUGAGAUAUGCCUCCAUCUUAACUGUGCCAAGGAUAAGCAAGAUGGGGCUGGCCUUCGUGUUCAGAGGUGUGGCCCUGAUUUUCCCACUGCCCUUCCUUCUCAGGAGGCAUCAGUACUGCCGGGCCAACGUCCUCUUCCACUCUUUCUGUCUGCACCAAGAGGUGAUGAAGCUGGCCUGCUCAGACAUCACGGUCAACAGCAUCUAUGGGAUGUUCGUCAUCGUCUCCACGGUAGGCGUGGACUCGCUCCUGAUCCUGCUGUCUUACAUCAUGAUCCUCAAGACGGUCCUGAGCAUCGCUUCGCGGGUGGAGCGCCUCAAGGCCCUCAACACUUGCGUCUCCCACAUCUGUGCCGUCUUGCUCUUCUACAUGCCCAUGAUUGGCUUGUCUGUGAUUCACAGGUUUGGGAAGGAUUCUCCUCUCCUCAUCCGCAUUUUCAUGGGGUAUGUUUACCUGCUGGUGCCACCCUUAAUGAACCCUGUUGUGUACAGUGUGAAAACAAAGCAGAUUCGGGCCAGGAUAAUCCAGAUAUUCUCCAAGUGAAGGACCACCCCCUCAUUCUUAGAACCUGUUGUGCUUUUCUGAAAUUUGCUGGCAAAGGGGUGGUGGUGGGGAGCCACUCUGAAACAGUUUCAGUGGUGAUGGUUGGGAACUCUGGGUCAGAUGAGGACAGCUGUGGCCCAGCAAGGCUCAUCUUAUGUUCCUGGUGAGGUCUUGGUCCAUGUCCUGGGUGGAUGGAGAGAGCAGCAGGUGUCUGAAAUGCAGGUGUCUAAGAUUUAAAAAGACCUCCCAGAGUGUCUUACAAAGACCACUAAUAAGGCUGUCCCUGUCCUAAGGCUUUAGAAUCUAAAAUACCCAUCCAUUUCUUGGGAAUG